UUCAUUUUAUUUUCAAUUUCAGUUAUUAAUUAUCAGUCAGCACAGUAACACACAAAUCUGUGAGCAAGUCUCUUUUUUUUCCGCCGAAAUUUUGUGCAGACGAAGACGUUCGCACAGGCCAACAAAAAGAUGUGAUUUUCAUUGAAUUGAGAAAAUUUGUCUGCGCAAAACAGUUUUUCACAGUGAUUUUUCAACAAUGGUGCUAAAGUGCAGAUUUUUUCUGCCAUUUCUUGGUGUUUUACUUCUUGUUUCGUCUUCUGCUGCUCACUUUGUGGUUCCAGAGGAAGUUGCUUCGCUCUUUGGACUCUUCUUCUCCACAAUUCCUCAAAUACGUAAAGGAACAGACUCCAGGAUUGGCGUUGGAUACAGACUUGGGGAACAUGCAGAUUUUCAAGUACUGGUCGAAUUGGGUCCACAGAAAUUUACAAAACCCAUCGGAGGGGAUCAGGCGAUGAACACAAACAGCAAAAGGAAUGUUAAUCCAGCUGAUUACAAGCCACCAAAGGAAGAUACCAAUUGGCUCAUGAAUUGGUCCCAGAAUACCAAACAGCAGCAACAAUUGGAAACGAAGCCCCGUGACCCGGAGCAUCCCAUAACUUCGGUCCUAAUGGGCAACCAAAAGGUACCCAUGAAGCCUCUUGUUCCGGAAACUGCUCUUAAGCAGUUGCUCAAGUUGUACGGCAAGAAGAGUGAAGAUCGAGAAGAGGAUCCUCGGCCACAAUCUUCAGAGGAAUCCCUAGGGAUUCUUCCUGGUGAUGCUCAGGAUUCUACUGUCCAGUUUCAGGAUCGUCAUCGUGUGUUUGUGAAGACACCGUCUGACAAGCCAACAAUUGCCAAUUUUGAGCGAAAAAAGAAGAUCACAGAGGAUCUCAUGAAUGUCGAAUUGGACUAAAGUGACGCAGAGAGGAGGCUCUCUAAUCAAGAGGAAACAUGAUAGCAUUAAGUUUUAGUUUAAAAAAGAGGGAGGAGAGAAUCAUUAAAAUUAAAAUGUGAUUUUACUUUUAUGCUUUUUCCGGUGGAAUAAAUUUUUUUUCUUUUUCAUAUCAUCA